UCUCAAAACACCGUCAUUUGUUUUUCUUGAUGUCUUCCACGCUUCGAGAUAGGUAGACGGGCGAUUUCAUGCAGGUUUUUCAUCUCCACCACCAUUGUCGGUUGAUGCACUACAGGGAAAGCAAGUAGGAGAGUUGACCUGGAAGCCGGGAGGUGUAAGAUUACUGCUUCACACUACUGUGUCCAAUGGAGGGCUAGAGCUGACAGACCACACUCUGCUUGAAAGUUGAGAAUACAUUGCCUUGCUUUAUCUUCUGGAUGCUGUGGUGCUUGGUAUGCUGCUUGGAGCUUCAACAGUGCUGAAAUUUAUAUGAAAGUUCCUCCUGUUGGUCCUGUGAUAUUCUGGCAAAAAGCUGGUGAUCAACUGCUUAGUAAUCACAAGUUCUGAUAGUAGCAUGGAAGGAAAUGUACAAGAACUAGGGAACAGGAGGGAAGAAAAAGCUAAGAGGAGUGAUCAGUGUACUUGUUCAUCAGAUGUAAGUAACGGCAAUAAAGCAGACGUUCAGAAAAUGUAUAACUGUAAAAUUUGUAGACAUUCAUUUGCUCACAGCACAUCUCUGCGACCCCAUAUGUUGAUCCACUUGGGGCAGAAGCCAUACUGGUGUUCUGUCUGUGGCAAGAAAUUCAGACAAAAGAGCAAUCUCACCACUCAUAUGUGCACCCACUCUGGGGAGAAGCCGUAUGAGUGUUACAUAUGUCACAAGACAUUUGCCAGACUCAACCACUUGCAGAGGCACAUCCAAACCCACACCGGUGAGAAGCCGCACAGCUGCUGCCUGUGCUGGAAACAGUUCACAAAGAAGGCUGGACUCUCCAACCAUGUAAACCACCAGCACCCAAAGGAGGCAGCCCUGGAGUGCUCCCUCUGUGGCAGGAAAUUUGUGAACAGGGAACAGCUGAUGAUCCAUUACAGGCCCCAGUGGACCACCAGUGGUGGCCCAGUCAUGUGCUCUCUCUGUGGCAAGAAACUGUGCCAAGAAAAGUUUCUCAAGGACCACAUGGCCUGUCAUGCAAAAGAAAAGCAGCACAUCUCGUGCGCUUAUUGUGGAAAAGAGUUUGCUUACAAAAGGUCACUGAAGGAGCACUUGUACAUACACACUGGGGAAAAGCCCUUCCAGUGCCACCACUGUGAUAAAAUUUUCACCCACCGGGGCUCCUGCCAGAAGCAUGAGGCCACACAUUUCGAUGAGCGAUCCUUCAAAUGUUCCAUUUGUGGCAGCAGUUUCACUCGCAAGUCUCACCUGCAGUCUCAUCUUUUGAGGCACACAACCGAGCGGCCUGUGCAGUGCACCAUGUGUGACAAAAGGUACAAGGUGCAAAGCUCACUUCAGAGGCACCUCAAGGUUCACAUUGAGGAAAAGCCUCACAAGUGUCCUCAGUGUUGCUCUUCAUUUAGAUUCAAGAAGGCAUUAAGAAGCCACAUGCUGGAGCAUCAUCCUCAAGGGAGGGCAACUAGAAGGAGCCAGAGGCUUGAUAAGGACACAAGGGUUGCUGCUGUUUAAAGUGUUAAUUUGAACUUAAAGAAUAGAUUACAGAUUUGAAAACAUUGUGGUGCAUCCUACACCCUAUCAGUAACUAUAUUGUCAAAAUAGUUUUUUUUUUUUUUUUUUGUAGUAUGAAGCGGUACUGCAUAUGGAAUGACAAAAACUAGAAAAUUCUAAGAAAAUAUUGAAGAUACCAUAAUAACCAUAGGCUAUGUACCUAUAAAAAUGCAAGUAGCUACUGUUACUGUUUUUGAUAAGGUGGAAUACUAUCUCUAGGAAAUUAUUUUGUUGUUGUUGCUGGAAUGUGUUUUCAUAGUUUAUGAAUUCCAUGUUUUUAUCCAUAUGAUUAGUUUUCUUUCUCGAAAAAUUGCAUAUAUACUUAUUAAGGGAUUAUGAUUAUUGAAAUUGAGUAAAUCUAAAGGAUUAUGCUUAUAAAAAUCAAACCUAACUUACAUAAGUAUGUACUAUAUAUGUGUAUAGUUGGUUAGAUUAUGCUUUCAUGUUUCAUUUGUUUACUAGAUUUUUCUUUUUCUUUUGAAAUAAAAUAACAUUUUAGCACUUUUUUUUUUUUUUUUGGUUGGUGAAAUUUACAUCUCAAGCCAUAGUCAAAAUACUUAUACACUUGCUUACAAUAGGACAGUGCAGCAAAUAUGCAUUUAGAAAAAAGAUUGAAAUAAAUAGUGUUAUAUAAUACACAUUUCUAUGAGGUGA